UCGAUCAGCGCACAGACUGACGGAGCGGGAACGGGAGGAACGAGCACAGCGCGCGCACGCUCACAUCCACACGCGCGGCGUUCAAGGGUUGUCUUCUAAUGCCGGCUCUCUGUCAUAGGUAGAGACUCACCAGCAGCGGGAGUUUGCGGGGUGGCAGUUUCCUUCAGUUGCUUUAGUUCAUUUCAGAUUGUUGAGUCACAAGAGCGCGAGGCACCGUGUCUGCAUCAGUGUGCUGCUUUAGUGCAAGGGAUGCGCGUCUUGUCCAGCCGACCCGGAGCUGUCUGACACAUUUCUCCCACCGGGCUGGAUCCACUAACCGGUCUCUCUUCUCACCGGGGGGAAGUUGGGCUCGGUUCUACUUUUCUGGCCGUACUUUUGAUGCCACGGAAAUGGGACCGCGCCAACGGGAGAGCGUGUCCGCGCUUUGCAGCAGAAGUUUGCUCUGGACGGUGCUGAUACUCUGGCUCAGCACGUUGGUUGAUGGGACCUGGAAGACCGGACUGUACAAGACCUACUCCUCUGGGGCACAGACUGCAGCCUCUCUGACCUCAGUCUAUCAGAAAAGGAACUGGUGUCCUCAUACGGCCAGUAAGACGGUGACAUGCCAGGUGCACAACGGGACGGUCCUGCAGCGGGUCUACCAGACGUGCCGCUGGCCGCAGGGAUGUACGGGAGGCAGCUACAGGACCGUGGUGAGACCUUCCUACAAAGUGGUGUAUCGCACGGUGACCUCCCUGGAGUGGAAAUGCUGUCCAGGAUUCAGCGGCGCUGCCUGUGAAGAAGACCUUCACAAAGUGGUGUAUCGCACGGUGACCUCCCUGGAGUGGAAAUGCUGUCCAGGAUUCAGCGGCGCUGCCUGUGAAGAAGACGCGAGGAACCAGCUCGUAGCCCAGGAGGCCGUCAGGAAACCCUCCACUCUACGCCGCCCGCCUGCACGCACAGGAGAGGCGGUCUCUAAUUGUCUCAACUGCAGUCGAAUCACAGCUUUGACCGACAGGCUGAGCUCACUGGAGGAGAAGGUCCAAUUAUACACCGCCCCGGCAUCCAUAUCACAGCGUCAGGGUAAAGGACCAGAGGCCUCGUCACUGACGGGGGCUGUGCCCGCUCAGGGAGCUCCUGGUGAGCAGGGGCCUGCAGGUCCUCAGGGGGGAAACGGCAGAGAUGGGCUUCCUGGCCGAGAAGGGAAGACAGGGUCUCGAGGGCUGCCGGGUCCCAGUGGGCCCCGGGGGGAAGGUGGGACAAGGGGCCCAUAUGGAGCCCCUGGAUCCAAGGGAUCUUCAGGACCUGCAGGCCCCCGUGGUCCACAAGGAGUCCCAGGAGAGAGGGGUCUAUCAGGCCCGCCUGGCCCUCCAGGGCCUCCAGCUCCGGCCAGUGCCCACAUCCCAGAACCAGAUAACAGUCGUGGAAAAGACCUCUUCUAUAGCAACACGUUCCUUGACUCACGAGGGUUGCCUGUUCCCGGACCUCAGGGUCCCGCCGGGCCUGUCGGUCCACCGGGUCCCAGAGGCCCAGCAGGACCUUCUGGCCCGCCAGGGCAGAACGGGAAAUCUGGAACCCCUGGAACGCAUGGCCCGGUGGGUCCAAAAGGAGAACGUGGAGAGAGAGGUCCUUUAGGUUACCAAGGAGAGAGGGGCUUCAGAGGCGAGUCGGGAACACCGGGUACCAAAGGAGAGCCAGGAGUGAAGGGCUUGCCGGACAUUAGCUUGCAGAUGUUCCGCGACUUGCAGGCAGACCUUGAGCUUCUGGCUCGCAGGGUGACGCUGCUGGAGGCUAUCAUCUGGCCAGAGCCUGAUCUAGGGUCUGGGGACGGACCGUUUGGCACAGCCUCCCCUAGUUUCUACAGAGAUAAGCGAGCAGGUGCGCUUCCAUAUCGACUUGCUUCUCCUCUGUCCACCAACACCAAGGUUCGAGGGAAGUAGCCCCUUCCCGCUCACCCUGAGGAUCACAGGCUGGGUUGACUCCCCCUCCUCUAGGUCUCAUCGGCCGUCAUCAGAUUUAGACCUUAUCUGAUGACCCCUCUGGGCUUUACUGUCAGGUUUAGGAUGGGGGACACCUCAGGGAAACUCCACUGAUACUCCACCAUGCCCUCCUCCAUCGGGAACCUGAGAACUAGUUUGACUCCCACCAUCACCGUAACCAAACACUUAUGUGCAUCACACACCCAACAGCUGUCUGAGUCUCAAUGCUUUGGCUCCAGAAGCCAGGCCUCAGAGGGAAGAUGUUUAAUGUUUGAAAAAAGGAAAAUCUGAAUCUCCUGUGGUGCUCCUCGAGCUACAAAAAGUUCCAGAAAGGGUAAUUUAGAGUAAUCAAUGAAAGGGGAAAUCGGAUGUGAGAAUAAAUAGACUGGAGUUGCGUUUUUAUUGCUUUCACGGUGUACCUGCGAUCUGAAGAGAUUCCACUAUUUAAGUAUAUUGAGCAUGUAGUUUGCAGGACACAUGUACACAAACACACCUCUUCUAGUAUUCAUUUUGUUAUAAUCAUAUUGUUUAACUCAAUUGUAUGUGGUGCAUUAAAAGAUGAAGGCAUCUCUACUCUAGCUAAGAUAUGUGUUGCUAACAGUGAUUUGUAGUUUUCUGGUGUGAGUGUUGUCCCCCCCCCCCCCUUAAAGUACACACUGAUAAAGUGAUUUAAUAUAGUAUAUUUACAUUUCGUGUGUGCACAAAAGGCACACACAUUGGAGUUUGGUGACAUAUCAACAGUCAUAUGUUGUAUUCUGAAAAUAAAACUAAUUUUAAACAUCUCUGGAAUUAGCUUUCCAUUGUACGAUCUUUAAAAGAGGAAAUAACGAAACUGUUAAUUGAACUUGAACAUAUUUUUACCACUGUCGAUGGCUUAAACUGUCCUGAUGAAAAGACAUGAUUGUUUUUUUUCAUUUUAUAUCAAACUUAUUGUGAAACUAUUUAAAAUGAUCAUUGUAUCUUGUUUUGUAUGCUGUUGUGUAACCAUUUUAUAUUUCAUUCAACUCUUUUUUCUUUUCUUGCAAAUGUGUUAUUGUGUAAAGAUAAUCCUGUCUAGAUUGGUUAAAAUAAAAUAAUGCCCAUUGUUUUUUUAACAUGUUA